AUGGAUAAUAAAGUUUUUGGUUCAGUCUUUAAUAAUAUAUAUAUAAACAACGUUAUUGAAAACCAUAAUAAACUUUUUAAUAUUUUUAAACACCAAAGAAUUUUUAAUAAAUAUGAAAAUUUCGAAAAACAUUCAUAUAAAGAUUAUUUAUUAGAUAUAGCUAUUUAUUUUGAAUUUGACAACUUUAAUAUAUUCCCUGAAAAUAUUCAAUCAAUUUCUUUCAAAGGUAAUGAAAUUAAAUCAGCAAUUCCUCAACACAUAAAAUCGUUCACAAUCUUAGGUUUAAAAGAAUAUGAUUGGUCAAUUUUUAGCAAUGCAAAUAAUCUCGAAUCUCUUUCAAUAUCUAGCUCGUUUGGUAGAAAUAAAAUCUCUGAAUUUUCUGCUGAUAUGCUUCCAUCUUCAAUAACCGAUAUGUAUAUAGAUUCAUAUGAAUAUCCAAUAAAAAGAAAUACACUCCCAAAGAAUUUAAAGAAAUUACAUUUAGUUUUGGCUUGUGAUACUCCAAUAGAAGUUGGCUCAAUGCCCGACUCUCUCACAAGUCUAUCAAUUGGUAUUGGAUAUUCAAAGCCUGGUAUUCCAUUCGAAUCAAACUAUUUACCAAAAGGCUUAAAAGAACUAGACUUGCUACUAAACUCACUUAAAGAACUACCAAAUGACUUUAAACUGCCAGAUAGCUUAACAGUAUUAAAAAUACUCUGCAAUAAUCUACCACCUACUUUUACAUUUCCUCCAAAUUUAAAAACACUAGAACUCUACACCGAUGAACUUAAAGAAGAUCUAAAACUACCGCAAUCACUAGAGCACCUCGAACUUUGUUUAUCACAACAACAAUCAUUUAGCAUCGAUAUGAUUCCCAGAAAACUAAAAUCAUUAACAUUUAACAGCAAGCAACUAAUCGAUUUAAAUGGAAACUCAAUCUUACCAAAUACUCUCGAAAGCUUAGUACUCACAUCAGAACUUUACAAUAAUAGAGAAACACCUGUAUGUGGAUAUAACCAACAACUUUUACCGAAUAUGUUACCAUCCAGUCUCACCUCUCUAACCUUUUCUUUUUCAUCAAAUUUUGAUAAUGGCGGAACCCCAUUAACCGAAAACAUAUUUCCAUCAUCAUUGACCCAUUUGGAUCUCGGCGACUCAUUUAACCAACCAAUUGGGGCUAAUACUAUAUCUGGGCUCUGUUUAAAAACCCUCGUACUAGGUUCAUCUUUUAACCAAGAAAUUAUUGAAGGCUCACUUCCACCAAAUUUACAAGAAUUAGAAAUCAGAAAUUUUAGAUAUGACAAGUUUCCAAUCAAUGUAUCAAAAUAUACCACUGUUGUAUGCAAAAACUACUAUACCCAAUUCGAAAAAUCACCACAAUCACUAUAUAACCUCAAGUUUAAAAUAUUAAAUGAACCAUUAAAAGCAUUAUCCCUUCAAAACAAAUCAAAUUUAGAAUCUUUGGAUUUAGGUUUCAAUUUUAGUUUUAAUAUUUUAAAAGAGGAUCUACCAACACCCAAUAAUAUUAAAAAACUAGUAGUGGGCAAAAUUUUUGAUAAAGAGAUAAAUUUAGAUGAAGAAUUUUUCCCAUCUUUAGAACAAUUGUAUGUUGGCAUUUCAAAACCAAUUUUAAAAUCCAAUAUAACAAUAAACAAAAAUUUCAAAAAAAUAACAGUAAUUGGUUCAAAUGUUAUAUUUUUAGAUAAUUUAGAUCCUAUAUUUUUUAAAUAUUUAGAUAUAAUAGAUAAUAAAUAA